AUGUCUGCAUUAGAUCGACUUGUUACAAUACAGAACCAUUUAAAACAACCAACUGGCUCUAUUGACUUAGCAAAUGAACGUGCUAAUGCAAAAUUUGAUGUUAAACAAUUACAUUGGUUGUUUGAAGGUGGAAAGGAAUAUUCUGAUGCCUUGGAUUUAGCGUAUCAAAUAAUUCAACGUGAUCCAGAUUUAUAUAUGACUGCUGGUCACAAUUUUGAUUUAACUAGACCAGAAGAGCGCGAACACGUUGCACGACAAAUUCGACGUUUCAAAGAAUUGGAAAAAUCAUUAAAUGAUCCAUUGUUAUUGGAAGCUUUAAAGAAUGCUUUAUACAUGUAUUCUGCAAGUUAUAAAAUGAAAGUAUAUGUUAACGAUGUUUUAUUUUAUCAGACAUUUAAAAUAUUUGGUACACCAGAACAAUAUGAUAAAUGGACAGAUGAUGUUAAAAAUUGGCGUAUUGUUGGUUGUUUUGCAAUGACCGAACUGGGUUACAGCUCUUUUAUUCGUGGGUUAGAAACAACUGCAACAUACAAUCAAGCGACAGAUGAGUUUAUAAUUCAUUCACCAACAUUAAUGUCAACCAAAUGGUGGAUUGGAAUGGCUGGUCAGACUGCAACACACUCAUCUGUACUUUGCCAAACUAUUGUCAAUGGAAAAGAUUGUGGUUUAAAUUGGUUUAUUGUACCAUUACGUGAUCAUGAAACAGCAAAACUAUUACCAGGUGUUACUGCUGGAGAUUUAGGAGCAAAAUCUGGACGUAAUGGAUUGGAUAAUGGAUGGAUACAAUUUUCUUGUGUUCGUAUUCCACGUGAAAAUAUGUUGAUGAAAUGGUCAAAAGUUACAAGAGAUGGUAAAUUCACACCCUCGCCUAAUCCUGCUAUAUUUUAUGCAACACUUAUUUGUGAAAGAUUGGCAUGUUUACCAGCUGUGAAGAAUUUUCUCUCACAAGCAUUAACUGUUGCUUGUAGAUAUGGAUGCGUUAGAAGACAGGGUCCAAAUAAGGAAAAAAUCAUGGAUUAUCAAACACAUUAUGUUAGAUUGAUGCCUUGUGUUGCAAGUGUUUAUGUUUUCAACGUUGUUAAUAAACUUGUUAGUAAUAGAUGGGAGGAAAUUUUAAGUUAUACACAAACAAAUCAACAAGAGUUUCUUAGAAAUAUUGGCGAUAUCCAUGUAAUAUCAUCAGGAAUUAAAGUAACAUCAACAUGGUGGGGAUGUGAAGUUUUAGAAAGAUGUAGACGUUCAUUAGGUGGACAUGCUUAUUCAUCAUAUAAUGCUAUUGGUGGCGCUAUUGAUGAUUUUGGUGGUGGAGAUAAUUAUGUACUUAUACAACAAACAGCGAAGUAUUUGUUGGAAGCUAUAAAAGAUGUUUUUGAGGGAAAGAAAGUCCAUGGAUCUGUUAAAUAUUUGAAUAAUUAUAAUAAAUAUAUUGAAGCUUCAAAGAGUAAUUUAACAAGUCUAGAACAAUUAUUAGAUUUGUAUUAUAGUUUAGAAAUGUAUACUUGGCUUGUUGUUAAAAGGAUAAAAUUCCUAGCAAGUGUAAAAAAUAUAACAACAGAUUCAAACAGAUGGAAUGAGAACCAAGUAUAUUUGGUGAAAUUGGGGGAAAUCUAUACACAUCAAUAUAUGAUGUCAGAAUAUAUUAGAGGCCUGGAAAUCUAUAGCCAGAGCACCACUACAGAAUACAAAAACUUAUUGCCAAUCUUGACAGAUUUAGGUCGAUUAUGGUUUAUACAUGUGAUUCAUGACUCAUUGGAAUUGUAUUUGGAAGAAGGGUAUUUCACCAGAGAACAAGUUGAUUUGGUAAGAAGGGCUUAUUUAGAUUUGUGCAAGCAGUUAAGAGAACAGGUUAUACCACUUGUUGAUGCUUGGGGACUGCCUGAUUUUAUUAUUAAAGCUCCAUUAGGAAGAUAUGAUGGUGACAUUUAUACAGCAUACUUUGAUGUAAUUAGAUCUGCACCUAAUUGUAUUGGUGUACCAAAAUAUUGGCAAGAUCAUAUUAAACCAUUAACUAGUUCUACCACUAAUUUCUAA